AUGGAUUUUGACGAUUGUAAGAAAGCUAAGCAAGAGAAUCAACUCAUUUCAUGCUACAUGUUUGAAUUUCACCAAGGAAAUCAUCCUGAGAUAUUCUGGAAGUACGGAAAACAAAUUGAAUUUUUGGAUGAUAUCAUGUGGUACACAGUCACUACUCCAAUUGCUCAAGAUUCAAAACUAUGCAGCCCAGAAUGCUCAAUUUUUGUCACAACAUUCGAUCAUUACAAACUUUAUUCGUUUUAUUUAUUAGUACCCGGUGUUGAAGCGCGUGGCUUUACAAGAACUGUUUGUUUAUGCGUAACAAUUGACAUAAAAACAAAAGUUAUCAAUCUUCCGAAAAAAUUCAUUGAUUUAAUUCAAGAUUACUUCAUAAAGUCAGUAAUACCGUCAUAUGAACCAUUUAAAAAGGAAUUUUCAGAUUAUAUAGGAUCGCUUAUUGCUACAGUUAAGGCUUUUCCUGAUUCAGAAGUUUAUAUAAAUCCAAUUAUCAACGAAAUCACUCCAAUUGCAAAAGGCUUGAAUGUAGAGGUAAAUAUGAAUCAACAGCCUAAGAAACCGGAGUUAUUUAAUCAAAUUAACAAUGAUCUUCGAAAAGUUGAGAGUUUAUUUGAUUUUGACACACUUACAGAACAAAUAUCAUCAAUCAUGAAUACUCUUGAUGUCAUUUUACCUUACGGAAAUAUUUUUGAAUUAAAAUAUAUUGAUACAAAACAAUUUCUGAAUUUUGGAGGUAUAUAUGGUCAGAACUAUGCCGAUUAUGUUAUUGACUUAUUCCAGAGAGCAGAAGAAAUUAAUUCCCAGAAAUAUAAUUUAAUAUCUCUUCUAAAAUCGCAUGUUUUCCAUCAUUGCGUGAACUGUAUAUUCCAGAGUAUCCCACUAGUGAUUGAGAGCCCUGAUAUUCAAAGUUGUAAAGAAUUGGCAAGAAAAUUUUCAAUUUUCGUUCCAAAUUUCACAAAUGAUUGUUUAAAUCAGGUUGAUAAAGUUGAUGAUAAUGUUAUCACUGAGAAACACUCAAUAAUUAUAACAAAACACGUUGAUCGAGAUAUGAAUCGAAUUGUUGGUAUUUUAAAUCCAGAACUUGGGUACUACGAAGGCCCUUUAUGUCCAUAUCACUCUAUAGUUGAUAGAGCUUUUGGUUUCCAAACGAAAACCGAUAUCUCAUUUUUAAUUAAUUGUUUAUCAAGAUUGAAAGAAAUAGAAUACAAAUUUGUAGCUUUUAUGUUCAAGAUAAAAGAAGAAAACUCUCUCCAAGACAAUCCAAACAUCAGUAUCUUUGAUAAACAGACUCUUUCGAAUUGGAACAAUAUGAUGUUACUUUCUGGUGUGUCAUCAUCAAUUCAGACUGUAGAACAGAUUCCCAUUUCAUGGGGUAUCGUUGCUUAUUAUUAA